CCAUGAGACUUUUACACGUUCUUCUACUAUUCACCUUUUUGGCGGUAAUUUCUGGAAUUCUACUUGACAACGGUGGAAGAUCCCAUGGCUUUGGAUCCUCCUCUGAUAGUGAGUCCUCCGAAGAUCACGGUGGCCGACCUUCAAAGCCCGUAACAACAUCUAAGCCGAGAGAAGACUGGAUAACGUUCAAUGGACCGUUUACAACCACUCUACCUAUUCCUGGAGGAUAUUGGGAUACUGGGAAAAUCAUCCGAAUUCAUGGUGUUCCUGGAACAGGAAGAUGGACUAUUAACCUGGUCCAAGCAGGCGUGAGGCUCUUUCAUCUUUCGUCAGAACCUUCUAAGGGACUUGUUGUCAGAAACCGAUUUUUAAAUGGAGCGUGGCAAGUCGAAGAGAAAUGGGGUGGAAACCCAUUUCCAGUUAGUACUCCCUUCAAUGUGACUUUGAUCAACCAGCCAUCGCAUAUUGAGAUUCAUGUCAAUGGUGUAUUCUUCGUAAACUUCAAUCAUCGAACUCCUAAUCCAUCAAGAGAUUAUCAAGGUCUCGAUUUCCAGUUCGUUAAUAUCAGCAAAGUUGAGUUUUCACGAUAAUUUGAAUGAAGAAUUUUGUUGCA